UCUCUCUCAUACUCUCUUACCUCACUUUUUCUGUUCUAUACUUCUCCAUCUCUCCCGUUUUCUUUCUUCUCUCUUUCCCACUCAAACCCUAAUAUUUUCGUCCAUUUCUCCAUCCAAUCUAUGACCACCACCACCCCAAUGGAAAAAUCAAAGGCAUAUUCAUACUCUUUGUCUCACGGCCUUCUUAAUGAACCAGAUAGAUUUUUAUUUCGAGAAACUUCGUCGUCCACCUCUGUUUCGCCUUCUCCGACCAUCACAACUCGAAAUGGAAAAAGGAAAGGUUUUUCUUGCAAUUUCUCCUUCUUCGAUGUACUUUUUGUUGUUAACAUUUUCUACUGGAUGAUUAGUAAGGUUUUGGAGCAUAUGAUAUGAAUUUUAUGUAUUGUUGUGUGUAACAUCUAAAAGAGAGGAUUUUGAGAAGUUGGUUCUUCACUUCUUAGUUUUUGACAAGAUUUAUAUUAGAGAGGAGAAAACUGGAACAGGCAUAGAGAAUCUUUCAUCUUCAUUGUAAGAAAUAAUUAAAUGGUUUCAAGGUUUUUGUAGUUUCAAGGUUUGUAUCUGUUUCAAAGUUUUAGUUUUUUCAUUUUUUCAAUGGUUCAUAUGCUUAUCAGUAUGUAUUAUUUUAUCUUUUUAUGCAUUGAAAGUGUUUGAUAAAAGAUCUACAUGUCUUUGUUUUUCCCUAUUAUGCAUUGUCUUGCCUUUAUAAAAUCAGUUCAGUUUAAAUUCAACUAAUACAUUUAACAUGUAGGUUUCUAUCCAAAUUUCAAGACACUAAGCAAGACGAUUUGAAUCACACGCAUCCAAUCAGCUUUUACACUUCUGUUUAUUUUAUCCAUACAUCCGGAUGUGUUUAUUCUGCUACUGACCUGGUUUUGCUUUUUCUUAUAUAUGACCACAUGGAUGACAUUUCAACAUGUUAGUACUCUGUCAUAUUUAAACAUUGUUGUCAUAUUUAAAUGACUUUUUCCGCGGGUUUUCAUCAAUGAAACUCUCAAGUCUGAAGGUCUUUGCUUCGCUUUUAGAAUGGUCUGCGAUUUUUAGCUUUUCUGAUUCAUAGCUAUUCUGUUUGUAAGCUGUGUAUUUUCACUAACUUGUCUUUUAGUAACCUCUCUUUUUGUAAUAUUUUAUGGCUUAUGUCGGAUUCUCUUGGUUUUCUAACUUCUGUUCUAUGUAUUUCUGUAUGCAUAACAAAAACAGUUUCGAAACAAUAUAUCUUUUAGUUGUUUCUUAAGUGUGUAUUUUGUUUAAACACAUAUACUUAUGUUCUAUGUAUUUUUGUAUGCAUGAAAAAACUGGUUGAUGUUAUUUAAUUAAGGGACUAAUUUACAAUUUGGUUAAUUCGCGAUACUAAAUUGUAGUAUCUCAUGGACAAUGCCUUAACCUGUUAAAAACUGUCAUUUAGAUAUUAAAUGGACUCAAUUGUCAACCUCUCUUGCAUAGUAUGGAUAUUCCAUUUUUGUGUUUGUUGACAUUAUAUAUUAAAUGGACUCAUUUUAUGUUAGCUUAUUAGAUUUCUUAACUUUCUAUAGUUUUAUAACUUUCUAUAGCUUAUCAAGAAUUGCAGAUGCUGCUUUAUUCUUAGCGCCUAUGGUAUGCAAUCUGAUCUGUUCUUUACUUCAUAUUUCCCAUCUUUGCCUCCUUUCAUUAUUUAAUGCUUAUUUUUUAAGUAUCAUAAUUGAGUUUUCAUUUGUAAGAUUAAGGUUAUUUUGAUGUAAUAGGCAGGUAUGUAUGCUUGAAAUCGUGUUGUGGACAUCUUUUGAUGCAAGUUUAGGCUAUUCUUUUGGAAGAUGUACAUGGUCUGAUCAGAUCCAGCAAGUUUUUUGGGAACUGUUAUGCAAACUCCAAAUUGCAACCAAAUGAUUCUUUGGCAGGUUGGCAAGUUGCAAAUCGAUAUUGAUGCAAUUUGCAGUUGAUUCACAGUUAUUGCUAUUGUUUGAUGUGGUUUAAUUACAAAGAGCUGGGAACGUUACCGUCGGGAAACUACUCAGGCACAGUGCUUUUGAUUUUUCUACGCUUCAGUGAUGAAACAAAACAAUCAAGCAAAGUUUUCUUGAAUUUCUUUAAGGAGAGGCACAUAUUUGCUUCUCAAGGAACGGUUUCUACUCGCUCUGCAGUGUGUUCUUCUCUCACCACUUCUGUUGCUAUCUCUCAUGGUGUUGCUCAUUCAUUCUUUCAUGGUUCUUUGGGAUUUUCUCUCAUUGUCAUGUGUGAUGUUGUUGUUACGAGAAAUCUUGGCUACCAAGCUCAAGUGCUUAAUACGCUUCUUGAUCAAUUGUCUGGUGGCGCGACUCCACUUUUUGAAGAGAGGCUAGAAGAAGAUGUUGAACACAUUGAUAUAUUAACAUCAACAAAUAUUUUAACAUAUAAUGUGCAGGUGUGGUGAUAGUUGAAAUCAGUUUGAAGAAUUAUUUUAUGGAACUACUAAUGCUACUGGCUAUUGAUUUAAUUAUUUUUUAACAUUAAAAAAUAUUCAUAGUAUUUAAUUCCAACACAAGUUGUGUAAAAUUGACGGUAUAAAAUAUUCAUUGGCAAUAUAUUAUAAAGUAUAUUCAUUGACAA